AUGCGAUCACCCUCAGUCAAACCAUCGGCGUACCCGCCGUUGCCAUUCCAUCUCAUCCGCUUCCUAAUCGCCCUCUCCUCACUCGUGGUAGGCGUGAUCUUGGCAGUGUUUACCUACCACCUCCACGCCGAUGGCUACAAACUCCCAUAUUCAUUCCUCGUCCUCUUCGUCUCAGCAGGCCUCUCCCUCCUCAACAUCAUCCUAACCUCAAUAAUCCACUGCAGCUGCGGCCUAUCAACAAAACUCUCCAUCUCACUCAACAUCCUCCUAACAAUCCUCUGGGCACUAUCCCUAGGCCUGCUGAGCUGGAGCCUAGCAAGCACAAUAACAACAGCCUGCACAACAACCUACUGGGGCAACUCAACCGGCAUCUCCGUAUGUCGAAGCUACAAAACCCUCUUCACAUUCACCGCCAUUGGCCUGGUCAGCUACAUCGCCGCCGUCUGGCUGGACGUGAUUGUCCGUCGUCGCCAGACCCGUCUCGGCGUCUACGACGCCAUGGGAUCUCAACCGGGUCUUGAUGAUUCGGGCGCCUUUGAUGUCAAGAUGGAUGAGCGGCACAGCGAGUCUACACCUGCCUUGCAUGAUUAUGAUAAUGUGCCCCCUGCGAUGUCUGGUGCCCAUGGACAGGGACCGCCGGGUUACGGGCACAAUUUGGAGUAUGCGCAUGCUGGUGAGGCGCAGAAUUAUUACGAUACUGCGCCUGGUAUGAGUCACCGUGGUGCGCCCAGAGUGCGCUUUAGUGCUUAUGAUCAGGGUGGGCAGCAGAGGCCGGCUCAGAAUACGGGUAUGACCCUGCCAUGUAUCGCUGAGUGA